ACAAUCAUUAACAUUCCGGAUUCCAGACAGAAUUUAGCCGAAAUAUAAGUGUCAUUUCCGGUUACAAACUUCCUGUGAAAGAACUUCUAAAGAAACUCUGUAAAUCUGUAAACAUCGGUUGAACAAAAAUGACAGCUGUUCCAGCGAAGAUAGUGCUGAAAAGCACUACAAAAGUCACACUGAGUGAUAGAUUCACUCAGAUACAGAAGAUGAGGCCACCACCGCCCACAGCUCAGGAGGUUCGAGCCACUAUGCAAGCCAAUCAACAGUCCACUCAGCAGAACAGGAGACUGGCUCAACAGAUGGCAAACAGACCAGCUGUGCAGGCAGCCUUGGGCAUGCCUCCACGUCAGAAAAAGCAACAGAAUUUUCAGCAGAAAUCCUUGAAGCAGAGACUGGGUCCAUCCAAUGUAAAAGCACGACUGUCGCUAGGAAACAGUUCAAUGAGGGGUAGAUCUCGAGGAGGACGUAGAGGUGGAUUUAGAGGUGGACGUGGACAACAAAUGAACGGCUCAAUUAGAGGAGAAGGUCGUGGAGGUAUGAGAGGUCGUGGUGGAUUUGGUAACCGAGGCAGAGGUGGAUUCUCACCUAGAUGGCAAGAUGACGAUCGUCGUCCACGAGGACGUGGGGGUUUCGGUCGUCCAGGAGACGGACAAUUAUCAAGGGGAACAAUGUAUUUUCGUGGUGGUAGAGGUGGACGCGGAAAUCGAGGAGGUGGAGCUGACGGCGGCUUUGGGCGGGGACGAGGUGGAAUGAGAGGGCGUGGACGAGGUGGAUUUAGAGGGCGUGGACGAGGAAGGGGAGGGAACAGGCAAGGGUUCUCAAAGGAACAGUUGGAUAACCAGUUGGAAGAAUAUAUGUCCAAAACAAAGUCCCAUCUAGAUACAGAACUUGAUGCAUAUAUGGCAGAAGCUGAUCAAUAAAACACUUGAAAACUUUUUAUGGCAUCUGUUAACUUUAAUUGCAUCGAAUAUUUGUGAUAAAUAGAUUUCAAAUAGACUGGAUAUGGACACUUCAAGAAAAGAAGAGUCCUGCAACUGACGAAUUUGUCUGAAAAUAAGUGUUUAUCUGAAUGAAGUAUUUACUAAAUUUAGCUCUAUGAGAUGAAAGACUGGUUUGUUUGAAAAGUAAACGUGUCAGGAGUGUUUUAUAGACUUGAGACUGGGUUUAUGUAAUAGAUAUACUAAGGACUGAAAUUACCUGAACAGUAACUACUGCCAAUAUUAAUCCUGUAUGAGACACAAGCUUUAAACUGUGUGUCUGAGAAAACAUUGUCAUUGUAUAUACCAUUGUAAAUUAUCAUUUUGUAUGUAAAGAGAAUUCACAGUACUUUUAUAGAAUAGUGUGUAAAAAGUGGUUGUUUUAUUUAUUUUAACCUUUAUGUAUUCUGAGAUCUGUGUGCAUGUCUUGAGAAUUAUACCUUUUUUCCACUAGAGUGGUAUUACUGUAGUUGAUUUAAAAAUGUUCCUAAACAUGGUGUGAAAAUUGUGAGAAUUCCUGAUAAUGGUGAUAUGUUUUAUAGACGUGGAUAAAGAGGAGAAAGUCUGGGAAUAAUUUUCACUGCUUUAUAUUUGUAAACUUUAUUGUAUUUUAUAUUGAUACCAUUGAAAAUUACUAGAACAAAACAUCAAUUAAAAUAGCAAAAAAAAAAACUGCAA